GCAGAGGAGCCGGUGUUGCUGGCGGAGCUGAAGCCGGGCCGGCCCCAGCGCUACGACUGGAAGUCGAGCUGCGAGACCUGGAGCGUGGCCUUCUCCCCCGACGGCGCCUGGUUCGCCUGGUCCCAGGGGCACUGCGUGGUGAAGCUGAUCCCCUGGCCCCUGGAGGAGGCCGAGCUCUGCAAAACCUCGGAGCGCAAGAGCCGCAGCAGCAAGGUGGAGGCGAGGGGCCGGGGGGCGGCCAAGGAGAAGACCCUGGAGUGUGGCCAGAUCGUGUGGGGCUUGGCCUUCAGCACCUGGCCGGUGGCAGAGGCCGGGGGGACAGAGCCCGCCUGUGCCAUGGGUCUUCCCUGCCUGAUCCUGGCCACGGGGCUCAACGACGGGCAGAUCAAGGUCUGGGAGGUGCAGACAGGACAUCUCCUCUUCAGCCUCUUGGGGCACCAGGAUGUCGUCAGAGACUUGAGCUUCGCUCCCAAUGGAAGCCCCAUCCUUGUGUCAGCCUCACGGGACAAGACCUUGCGUGUCUGGGACCUGAGCAGAGAUGGGCGGCAGGUCCAGGUGCUGUCAGGCCACAUGCAGUGGGUCUACUGCUGCUCCAUCUCCCCAGACUGCAGCAUGCUCUGCUCUGCGGCCGGAGAGAAGUCGGCGCUGCUGUGGAGCAUGAGGUCCUACACCCUGAUCCGGAGGCUGGAGGGGCACCAGAGCAGCGUGGUGUCCUGUGACUUCUCCCCAGACUCUGCCCUCCUUGUCACCGCCUCCUACGACGCCUGUGUCAUCAUGUGGGACCCCUACACCGGGGAGCAGCUGAGGACGCUGCGCCAUGUCCCCUUGCACUCGGCGGUGGACUACAGCAGCGAGGUCCACACCAGCUCCCUGCGCUCCGUCUGCUUCUCCCCUGAGGGCCUCUACCUCGCCACGGUGGCAGAUGACAGGCUCCUGAGGAUCUGGGCGUUGGAGCUGCGCUCUCCGGUGGCCUUCGCGCCCAUGACCAACGGGCUGUGCUGCAUGUACUUCCCCCACGGAGGUUUCAUUGCCACUGGGACCAGAGAUGGCCACGUCCAGUUCUGGACCGCCCCAAGGGUCCUCUCGUCGCUCAAGCACUUGUGCCGCAAAGCUCUGCGCACCUUCCUGACGACGUACCAGGUCCUCGCCCUCCCCAUUCCCAGGAAGCUCCAGGAAUUCCUCACUUACCGGACUUUUUAA